GCAGCCUCUCUGCCUCGUGAGCGCGCGGCGCCACCUGUUCCAGUCGAGCCUCCCACUCUCCCAGCCCGGUGUUUUGGGUCCCUCUUCACGCGGGGAAGGUCCUCUCUCUGGAGCGCUGCACUUUACACGGAGAAGCGAGUUUUCCAGAGCCUCAGCCGGCCAACCACUCCAAAGAAACCUUUGGUCGCAGCGAGGAGGAGCGAGGGGGCCAAAGGUCUCCAGGGGUCACUGUCCGAGCCUAUACACCCAGCCCUCCACCUCCACCCUCACCACCACCACCACCAACCCAAUUCGAGGAGAAAACCGAAGUGCCCAAGCUGUUCACCCCAAUCAAGAUCAGUGUCACUUCCUCCCAGUCAGGUGGCAACAGCAUGAACCUGUCCGAUCUGCCUCACUUCACUCCCAGCGUCUUCCCCCCCAGCGCCUUCAACUAUGAGCGACCACGGCAUUUCAUCCAAUCGCAGCCAGCCUUUCAGGCACCCAGCUACGACAGCGUUCUGAAAGAGUCCCAGGAGCACCAAAACAACUCCCAGCAGAACCUCGCCAGUUCCCAAAGUAGUGCAAUUGUUACGGAGAGGCAGAGUCGAGCUAAAAUGGCAUCCACGCAAAGUCAGUCUUUUUCUCAGACUCAGUCAGUGUCCAGGUCUUUGUCACAGACCCAGUCGCAGUUUCAGUCACAAAGCCUCAGUCAGAGCAAAACCCAGUCUGUCGCUCAGGUCCAGACCCAGGGCCAGGGCCAGGGCCAGACCCAGACCCAGGGCCAGGGCCAGGCCCACGCUAACGGCAUGGGCAAGUCCUCCCCCUCCUCUUCAGGUCUCAGCUCUCCCAUUUCCACCUCCUCUGCCGUGCCUCCUCAGUUCUCUACUAGCCCCAUGCCAAGUCCUUCUGCCGCCAUCAUCCCGGUCUCCUUAUCCUCUCUCCCCCGCACCACCAUGCGUUCCACCAUCACCCUCACCCCCAGCAUCCCCAGUGCCACCGGCCUCGGCAGCGCCACCCUGCCGGCCAAUCAGGACUCCAUGUCGGCACCCGCCGCCUUCCUCUGCUCUGUGCUGCCCUCCCAGUCCGCCUUCUCCCCUUUUUCCUCCUCCAAGCUGUCGCCCAACUCCAACCUUCUCCACCUCUCCACCUCUCCCUCCCUCUCCCCCUCCCGAUCCCCACCCUCCCCCUUGAGCCCUCUCCUCCCCAUGAGGGCCCCCUCCUCUCAUAUCUCCCUCCCCCAGCAGCCUCUCCCAGUGUCACCAUCCCUCCCUUGCUCCCCUCUCUCGCCCCCCUCCUCUCUGCAACAGCCCAACUCUCCUCACGGCCAGAACAGAGUACUUCCUGCUGUCGUCUCCUUGCCCGCCAGUUACAAGGGAGCGCCAGGCAUCCUUCCCAAGCCCGUUCUGAAGAAGUCUGUCGCUCCUCGGCCGUCUUCCUCUCGCUCCACAGAUGAAGACAUCCAGGGCUCCAAAGACGCCCUCAUCCAGGAUCUGGAAAAGAAGCUGCGCUCAAAGGAGGCCAGGAGGAGAAACAGCCAGAAACUGUCCUAUGAAGAGCGCAUGGCUCGCAGGCUGCUGGGUCCAGACAACGCCAACGACAUGUGUGACCAAGACAGUCUCUCAGACUCACAAGUGGACCAGCCGGAUUCACCACAAGGAAGACACACAGGUGGACUCUGGGGGAGGCGCCACACGGGGACAGAUGAGAGGGGAAACGAGGGCUCAGCUAUCCAGGAGAAGUGUUACGCCCCUCGCUUCCUGCAGACCCCUCCAGACCUCACGGUGGAGGAGGGACGCUUCUGUAGGAUUGACUUCAAGGUCAAAGGCCUCCCCACGCCAGACGUGUGCUGGUACCUGGACGGCAAAGCCAUUCGUCCAGACGACUUCCAUAAGAUGCUGGUGUGUGAAAAGGGGAUGCACUCGUUCCUCAUAGAGAUCGUCACGGUGCACCACGCCGGCGUCUACGAGUGUGUGGCCAGGAACCGAGCAGGGGAGGGCAGAUUCAGCAUGAGGCUGGAUGUGCUAGCCCAGGAGGCACUCCGUCCUCCCACCUUCGUCCAGAAGAUGUCCAACUCCAGAGCUCUGGAGGGCGACACUGUUCGGCUAGAGUGCAAAGUGGACGCGUCCCCUCCUCCACAGCUCUUCUGGAAGAAAGAUAAAGACAUGCUGCGCAUCGACCCCAACAGAAUGAGUCUGUAUCAGGACGGUUCAGGCCGCCAGUGCUUGCUGCUGGAGAGGCUGAUGAAGUCUGAUGCCGGAUGGUACACUCUGUCCGCCAUCAACGAAGCUGGCAUGUCUACAUGCAACGCCAGGCUGGACGUUGGCACUCGCACAGCCCCGCCCAUGAAAACGGCGCCCCCCGGCUCCAAGACGUUGAAGCUGCUGUCCUCUCUGAAGCACGUGCCCACCGUGACCGUGGAGCGGCCCGCCCAGCACACCGCCCCUCUGUACGAGAGUGAAGAGCUGUAG